AAGUUCCGAAGAAUCACUCAACAUUCACGUAAUUUAUUUGGUAAUUUAUCACCAUCGCGUGUUGCCCGAUGCGCAUUAGUGCCUAAACAGUUCAGCUGUUCUCCAACCCCCAAAAGAAAACAGUGGGCAGCUGAAAUACUCUUUUUCGGUCAGUUUCCAUCCCUGGCAGGAUGCUGACGCGCCCCCAUAGCAUCCUUCGACAGCUGUACCAGUCAGUGCGCGAGUGUGCCUCGACCCGCCGCCUUUCUGGUCAGCAGGAAACCACCCUCCGGCUGAGAAGUGAGGUUGGAGUGAAGGGAUCCCGGUGUCUUCACACCUCACCAGUGUGCCGGACGACGUUCUAUGAGCGCGACCGCAAAAGUAGCUACAACAGCACACGUCCGCAAUUGUCGCGGAAAGAGAGAAUACUACAGGGACUGAAGGAGCUGAAGUCAGAAAUCGGCGUGUGGCGAGAGGAAGUGAAGGAGCACUUCAGAUCUGAUCCGAUCCUGUUGUAUCGGCCAGGAGAGGUGGACGUGAAGUUCCAAUUCAAGGAGUCGACGGACGUGGAGAAGUGGGUGUGCACAGUGGAUUCUGACCACAAUGAGGGCUACAGCAAAGCGAGCUUCGACGUCAGUCCGGCAGGUUAUGGGCUGUUCCAUGGCUUCCUCAACAGUCGCGUGCCCAUCGACGGGAAGAUCAAGAGAUCGGGCUAUGCAAACAUCAGCAGCAUCAGGGCGCAGAAGAGCUUCAAGCGCAACAGCUUCUACAACUGGCAGCCGUACAAUAUGCUGGUGAUGCGAAUCCGAGGCGACGGGCGGAGUUAUCUGAUAAAUCUCGCCACCGAGGGAUACUUUGACGUGCUGUGGAAUGAUGUCUACCACUUCGCCCUGUACACAAGAGGAGGACCCUAUUGGCAGCACGUUCGGAUUCCCUUCUCGAAAUUCUUCCUCGCCAGCAAAGGUCGCGUCCAGGACAAGCAGCACGCAAUCAAUCUGGAGUACAUAACGAGAGUGGGCUUCACUGUGGACGCGCGGCAUGACUCCGAAGGCCCGUUCAGCCUGGAGAUCGACUACAUCGGCUGCGAGAACGAUCCCUCGCACACGGAAGACUUCGCCUAUGAGAUGUACAAGCAAGACAAAUACAUCGUCGGCACGUAGACGCUGGCCAGCAUUAAAUCGAGAUGCCUCUUGUAGAAAAUGUGUGAAUAUAUUUACAGUUCCAAAUCCUAGAA